AGGUGGAUUUCCACGUGUUGUCUUCGGAGUGAGGACGCUCGCAGCGGUGAGCUUCAUUCCGGGCUGAGCAGUUGUGUCUAAACAGAUUUCACAAUGAAAGGAUGUUCUGCUGCCCUUGUGGUGUCAAGUGCUCUCUUGACCAGUGUUCUGUAUUAUCACUCUGAUCUGCUGGCAGGUGAAAAGAGGAAUAGUUUGAUAAAGCCUAAUUUUAUCAUCAUUCUGGCAGAUGAUAUUGGAUGGGGAGAUGUUCAUCAAAACUGGCCAAGUACAGUUAAAACUCCAAACCUGGACAAAAUGGCAGAAGAUGGGAUGAGAUUUUUAGAUUUCCAUGCUGCGGCAUCCACCUGUUCCCCAUCCAGAGCAUCUUUGUUAACUGGAAGGUUGGGACUUAGAAAUGGAGUAACAAGGAACUUUGCUGUAGGAUCUAUAGGCGGACUACCAUUAAAUGAAACAACCCUUGCUGAAGAACUCAAGAAAGAGGGUUAUUACACAGCAAUUAUAGGAAAGUGGCAUCUUGGACACCAUGACCAAUAUCAUCCAGGAAAUCGAGGAUUUGAUUAUUAUUAUGGUAUUCCAUAUAGUAAUGACAUGGGCUGUACAGACAACCCAGGAUAUGACAUUCCUGAAAUCCCACCAUGUCCCAAAGAUUCAGAGACACAAUGUUUUAAAUGCAAGAAUAUUUCUGCAAAUGUGGCCCUUCCACUUUUUGAAAAUUUUGACAUUAAGCAGCAACCUGUGAAUCUAAGUAUGCUGACACACCUGUAUGCUGAGAGAAUAUCUGGGAUCAUCCAGGAUGCAAGAAAAAGUGGAAAGCCCUUCUUCUUAUAUGUGGCUCUUGCACAUAUGCACGUUCCACUUACUCCACAUGGUUUUGAGAGUGAAAACAGCACUGACGUGUUUAAAACCAGCUUAAGAGAAAUGGACAGUCUUAUUGGCCAGAUAAGGAGAAUCUCAGAUGCCAUACAUAAAGAGAAUACCUUCAUUUGGUUUACUGGUGAUAAUGGACCAUGGGCCGAGAAGUGUGAAUUUUCAGGGAGUGUUGGCCCCUUUGUUGGGAGUUGGCAGACACAGAGAGGUGGGAGUUCAGCCAAGAGGACCACUUGGGAAGGUGGCCACAGAGUACCAGCUAUUGCCUACUGGCCAAGCAGAAUACCAGCUAAUGUCACAACAGCUGCUCUACUCAGUAUGCUGGAUAUUUUCCCCACUUUGCUCUCAAUUUCUCAUAUAAGUCUGCCCAAGGACAGACAUUAUGAUGGGCUGGAUAUAAGUCAAGUUCUCUUUGGCCAUUCACAAUCAGGGCAUCAGGUGUUGUUUCAUCCGAAUAGUGGAGCAGCUGGCAAAUUUGGGGAUCUCCAAACUGUCCGACUGGAGAAGUACAAAGCUUUUUAUAUUACAGGGGGAGCACAAGCCUGCAGGGGUGACAUAGGACCAGAGAAAUUGCACAACCCACCGCUCAUUUUUGAUCUUUCCCAGGAUCCUGCUGAAAGCGCACCCCUGGACCAAACCACUGCAGAGUACUGGAGAGUCGCAGAGCGCAUUGCUGCCAAGACAAAGACAAUGCUGCGGAGUAUAGCCAACGAUAACACAUCCCAGGCAGAUUACACCAUUAAGGCUUCGGCGGCACCCUGCUGUAAUGAGCACCAUGUUGUCUGCAGGUGCUGGGGCACUUUCAAUACCAUUCAACUUAGGGAUAAAUUCAGAGAUAUGCAGGUGGACGAGCCUAUGAUGUCCUGGAUAAUGGACUGACUAUCUGUAGCACAGACUACAGCGUGGGAGACUCAAGGUCAGUGGGUCUGCUAUGGAUGUGAGCAACACUGGAGCACCACAACAGUCCCGUCUCCUUUUCUCUUCACACCUUCGACUACACAUAGAACACCUGGUCAAGUCACUUGCGGAAAUUCUCAGAUGAUUCUGCACUUAUGAAGUGUGCUGAUAAAGGGGAUGGGACAGAGAAGAGGAGUCAGGUGAAGAAGUUUGCUUCUUGGUGCACAGAGAAUUGUCAUCAACUCAACAACUGGUUAUUGCCUUCUGCCACACCAGAGGGCCACUAUAUCCAGUCUCAAUUCAGGGAGUGUAUAUUGUAGUUGUGUACUGCUACAAGUACUCAAUAACAGCCUGGACUGGUUUUGUAACACUGAGGAACUAUAUAAGAAAGGACAGGACAGGUUCUUUUUCCUUAAGAGACCGUGUUCAUUUAAUGUGGGACGUGACAUCCUUCACAUCUUCUUUAACUCUGUGAUGGCCAGUGUCACUUUCUACAGUGUGAUGUACUGGACUGGUAGUAUCACUUCAACAGAGGCCCACCAAAUCAACAAACUAAUUAAAAGGGGCAAAGUGAGUUAUAGGAUGCACUUUGGAACUCCUGGAGGUUAUAGGAGAAAAUUAAAACAAAACUGAGUGCCAUUAUAAACAAUGUUGCACAUCCGCUCUGUAAUGCACUGUCAUUGAGGACUUUUAAUUAACACUACUCAGAAAGACAUGUUUUAUAAAAACUGAGAACUGUGGCUCAGGAGUGCUAAACACUACACUGCACUACUCUACUCUGGCCUCCUACCUUAACAGAAGAAUGUUACCUACAAAUGCAAAUUACCGCAAAAAAAGAAUAUGUGUUUUCAUAUUAAAGCUACCUUAAAAAUACAUUUAAAGAUGAUUCAUAUCAGUGGUCAAUAUUAAUGGUUAACAGAGCUAUUACAUUUUAUCUGUCAAAACAGAAUUUCAACAGUAGCCUCUGACGAUACUCUCUGAAGAAGUGCUGUCAUGAUGAGAUAAGAGGCGGUUUGAGAUCCUUAAGCGAGGCUUUUAAUGCUGCUGACCACUGCAGUUUACUUACUUGGUUAAUUUCAUGUUUAUUCAGACUACUUUGUGUGUAUGCAAAAGUACAGCAGUUACUCAGAGUUGCAUCGAUAUGCAAGCUGUGUGCUCAUGCUGACAGUCCAUCUUUCCUGUGUCUUAUCUGCUGAUCUGAGUACAGAUAUGGAAGCGGAGUGCUUCUUUUUAUUUGGUUUAUUCACAUGCAAGUUGCAACUUACCUCUUGAAUAAACUGGUGACUGAAAUGAGGGCAGACUACUUAAAAAAAGAGUAUUUUUUUAUUCCUUAGAACAUCUCUGACCUUUCUUAAUUACUUUGGUUUUAGCAACAAAUCAAUAAAAUGUUACUUGCAAGUUUUUUUACAGAAAAGCACAGCAUACUCCAGCCAAGAAUGGUAUACCAGUGGAUUUUGCUUACAGGCAAACCCUUGUUGUAAUUUGUUUUUUUAAUUUCUAACAGCCAUACAUACCAAGUGUGGCAUAUUGUUAAUCAGGUGUCAUAGAGACUCAUGGUGACAAAUGACAGUAUUCUGUAACUGGUCACAAUUAAGUAGCAUUUCCCAAAUUUGUCAUUUUAUUGUUCUGUAAUGAAAUUCUAGAAAAGCGCACUCAACCUUUGGAGUUACUGGGAGGUACAUGGGUGAACACAAGACAAAAAAAAAAAAAAAGGUUUCAUUGUUAAUGUUUUGUGGAGUUGAUUCUGAAAUAAAAAACUAGCCACGAAUGCUCAGAGUGCGUGAUGAUGUGACAGCUGUCGACUAUGGUGGUUUCAGCUUGUAAUGCCACAUAUUUGAAUGAUGACCAGAUGAAUCACCUUUACAUGCAGCAGACCCUGGAGAGGUGGAAAUGUGCUCUGGAGAGGAGAGGA